UUUUAUUUAACAUUUUUAUAGUGAGUUUUAGAUAAUAAUGAAUAUAGUUUUGUUAUCCAAACAAUAUUCAAACUGUGUGAUUUCUUUCUCAUCAAAAGAAAUUUUAAACUUUUUGCGCAAAUCAGAGUUAUGGUUUAUCAUCGCCUCAUGGGUUAUUGCUAUUGGCUGUAUAGUGCCUACUAUCGCUAUGGUCGUCCUCUUAAUUAUUAUGACCUUUCUUAAUUAUCAACAGCCAUUGAUAUGCCGUCUUAUUAAUUGCCUCAGGUCCCUCAGGUGCAGUGGCCCAUCAACUGCCGUUAUAAACUCUUGUUUUGCUACCUAUUAUUCAUCAACCCAUUUCAUCAGAGAUUAAUGAUCUUUUGACUAUUAAAUUACAGUUUCUCAUUGUGCUAGGAACCGAUUGAUGAGGCUUGGUGUUUACACUAUCAAAACGGACCUAUAAAAGUCUCUGGGAUAUACGACCCAGUUAUCCUCAUAUUGUCAACCAUUUCAUGACCGUCCAGUGGCAAAGGACCUCCGCAACGAAUUUCCUUCCGCGCCCGUAAAGAUAAUCGACACUCUUAAUCUUUCACUAAAUCAAAAUGUGUUGGCGACUCCUUUCUAUGAAAGCUCCAACAGCCACAUUUCUCGUCGCAUUUACAUUGUGCAUUCUGAAUAAUCAAACAGACGUUAAUGGAGAAGUCAUCACUCGAAGACCUUGCAGAAUGCCCUGCACGCGUGAAUACAAUCCUGUAUGUGGGACAGACGGGAAAACGUACGCCAAUCCAUGUGUGCUGAAAGCCAAAAACAUGUGCGAUGGCACUCGUGUCAGAAAAGCUUACAAUGGCAGAUGCGACUAUUAUGGGAGAAAUGAGUUGGCUUUUUAUCCAUCGCGAUUAUCGACGAAAAGUCAAAUAUUUGAAAAUUAUUACAGAGAUCAAUUUUCUUAUUUUGAAAUUGAAUAAAAUGAAUCGAUUCAG